GGCCGAGCAAGUCGCAGGCCAUGUCCGCGGGCGGCGGUACCGUUUCAUUCGGCAGGAACUUGUCAGAUAGCGGUUUUCGCCAAGCGGCACGUUAUGUCAAGUAACGAGGACGGUUCGGCCAUAUCAACAACUAAAGGUCGAUACAACCAACCUUGUUCUCGUGCCAGCGAGUGCACGACUUGCCAGUGGACUUGGAAUUUCACAUGCGGGCUGCCGCCUCACAUAUCAAACUCCACUGCGACCACUCACUCACUCACAGGAAAUAAACAUUAUUAAUACCUCUUAUCUACCAUGACGACUGCCAACGAGACAGUGCCAGCUGGGUCUUACGCAUAUACCAAUACACUCGAGGGUGUUUACUACGGGCCCAAGUGCACUGGUAUUGUGACAAAAAUCGAGAACAUUCUGAAGAAAUCCAAUGCAUUUGGUGCCACUUUCUCGGAAAUCGGGGAGCACGCUCCUGAGGCUGUUCGUGAAGUCGAUGCCGAUAUUAUAGUGUCCGUUGGUGGAGGUUCUCCCGUCGAUGCAUCAAAGGCUAUUAUUUUCAGGCUGCAGCAACAAAGAGCACAAGAAACGUCUGGCAAAGAGCUGGAGUUCUUGCGGCAAAUCGCAAUACCAACAACCCUGAGUGCGGCCGAGUACACGUGUGGUGCAGGCUAUACCAAUAAACAGGGUGACAAGGUAGUUGUUGCUCAUCAACAGCUUACUCCAGCGGGGAUCAUACUGGACGCCGAGUUGACUCUUUCAACACCUGAACAAUUAUGGCUUUCCACUGGCAUGCGUGCGCUGGACCAUGCGGUUGAGAGUCUAUACAGACCUGGAGUGCCCUUACCAAUGAAAAAGCUAUGCCAUGCUGCUAUCGCGGAUCUCUUCCGUUUUCUUGUAUUAUCAAAGAAAGACAGCGAAGAUCUCGUUGCCAGGCAGAGGCUGCAGGUUGCGUCAUGGAUGAGUUUAUGGCCGCGAAGGAUUGAAACACAUAGCCCGGUAGGAUUAUCUCACACGCUUGGUCAUAAGCUCGGAGCAACAUAUGGAAUACCGCAUGGCAUCACCUCAUGCUUGACACUUGCACCGGUCGUCAACCUACAAGCGGAAAUAGCAAGUCAAGAGGACAAGGAGUACCUUGCUGAAGCCUUACUAUAUCUCAGAGAGCCAUCAACUGGGACUGUUGACGGAGAUGUCAAGAAACUAUCGUACAUGAUCGCUAGCCUUGUGCAAGAGCUCGGACUGCAGAAGACUUUGAGCCAAUAUGGGGUACCAACAGCCGAAAUUGAACAGAUCGCGGUCCGUGCAGUUGGUCAAGAGGAUGAAGAGUUGCUUUCAAAGGUCAAGAUUAUUUUGGAGAGCAUUUACUGAUUCAAGUCCUGCUCGUUAUCGAGUGGUGGAUGACACCGAUGUAAAUAUAUGCGCAAGCCUUACUCAACUAUUUUUCGCAAUGCCCGCCCCGAACAAGUUGAGGAAAUUAAAGUGGGUGGUUUUUUCUGUUUAUUUUGGUGGUUCGGACAACAUCAUGUCCAUCCGUCGAAGGAAAUGCAAAGGUGCGUUAGUGGAGCGUAAUUGAAGUGCAUCAACAAUAGUGGUAGGACUGCUCAGUCGAUGGGCUCGUUUCCAUGAUUCCAGUUUGGGAAGACCUGGCAAAGAUUACAAAGAAAGGCGAGCGCCAGGGGGUGGUAAUACUAUUCGAGUCCAGCAUGCGAUGACGGUAC